ACAAAUUCACAACCACCACUGGAUUUCACACUCACAGAAAUUCACAUGGAAUCGGAUUCUCAAACAUAAUCACCCUCUACCAAUUGAAUUUACUCAUUUAGCUUUCGCAAUGGCGCUAAAAACUAUAAUUCCAAAUUCUUCAACCUCACACUUCCCGCAUUUAUCGGUGGUUCAUUUGCCGCCGUCCUGUAUUCUUUGUCACAGAGACACCUUGAUCCGGCAAACAUAUCCGGCCAUUUCUCUGCGGAAGAGUUGCUAUUUCCUGUUCCCGAUUCCAUUGGAAAUUUUGUCGACUGGUAGGUCUAAGCGUUAUGUGAAAUCAACGGAAGAGAGUACGGAGGAAACUUCUGCUGGUAAUGAUGAUGAUGAUGAUUCCGGUGAAGAGAGUUAUCAAAGCUCGGAUGAGUUCGACAGAAUUACUACCGGUGGUUCGAGAAGGAAUGUUUCGUCUUUGUCUGAUGCUCUUAACCUUGGGAGUCGUGAUCCGGUUUAUGAGGUUGUGGAAGUAAGUUCAAAAGGAAUGGUCUCAACCAGAAAAGUUCACAGACGGCAUCUACUAAAGUCAAGUGGUCUUCGUCCUCGUGACAUACGGAGUGUUGAUCCAUCGUUAUGGUUGACAAACACAAUGCCUUCUUUGCUGGUUCGUGAAAAUGCCAUACUAUUGAAUUUGGGCUCGCUGCGGGCAAUUGCAAUGCAAGAGAGUGUCUUUAUAUUUAACUACAACCGUAGAGGAGGAAAAGCUUUUAUUGAUGAUUUAUUACCUCGCUUAAAUCCUAAAAGUAUGAUUGGAGGAGGUCUAGUAAUGCCCUUUGAGCUUGAGGUCGUUGAAGCCGCCCUUCAUUCACGAAUACAGCACUUUGAGCACAGACUAAUGGAUUUAGACCCACAUGUUCAAGAUCUACUUAAGGUUUUACCAAACCGAUUAACAGCUGGUAUAUUGGAACAACUUCGCAUUUGCAAGCAAACCUUGGUCGAGCUGGGAUCAAAAGCAGGGGCACUCAGACAAAUGCUGCUUGAUAUUCUAGAGGAUUCUCAAGAAAUACGCCGUCUCUGUAUUGUGGGCAGAAACUGCAUCUUGGGUAGAAACAGUGAUGUGGAAUGCUCAGUUCCACUUGAGAAGCAGAUUGCUGAGGAAGAGGAGGAGGAAAUUGAAAUGUUGCUGGAAAAUUAUCUUCACAGAUGUGAAUCAUGUCAUAAUCAAGCAGAAAGACUUCUUGAUUCUGCAAGAGAAAUGGAAGACUCGAUCGCUGUAAACUUGAGUUCCCGGAGGCUUCAGGUGAGCAGAUUUGAAUUGCUUCUUCAGGUUGGGACCUUUUGUCUUGCAGUUGGUGCCCUGGUUUCAGGUAUAUUUGGCAUGAAUCUAAGAUCCUAUCUUGAAGAACACGUGUUUGCAUUUUGGCUUACUACAGCAGGAAUCGUCUUUGGUGCUGUAGUCGCAUUUUUUCUCACGUACUCGUACCUCCGGUCAAAGAAGAUUCUGUAGGCUGCUUUUGUAAGUUAAAUCUUCAUCUGAUCAAUUAUCAUUUCGGCAAAGAAAUUGUACUUCUUACAAAAUUAUGGACAAGGGAUACAAAAGCAGAGAUGAAACCAUUAGGAUCUGCCAUUAGAGUUCUUGAUAGCAAUCACAUCAAUCGAAAAGAUUAAGCUCUGUUUCCAUUCGAGGUAACGAAUGGAGGAUUUUAGCAAGAUAGCAGAGUAUAUAUAUAUCAUGUAUGUAAUUCCUAAUUCCUAAAUCUUUGUUGUGUGUAUAUCUGAGUGUUGCAUAUGUUGUUAUCAGUUAAAGUUUGUUGUCUGGUCAGCAUAAUCCCUAGAUGGUAUCGGAAUAACCAGGGGUGGUAAUUUUGUACCAAACUAAACCAAUCAGCAUAUGUAUCUUAAUUGUUAUCAAUUACAAUCGGUUGGCA